CGUUCAUUUGGUAUUGCACGUUGAAAAAUCAGAAGAUUUCAAGUCUGCUAUUUCGAACGAACAUGAUCCUCUACCGUGCGUCGCUGAUGCCUGACCCCCGGGGCUUGGGGACGAGCACCCUACAGGUGUGCCUCAUCUUGUCCCUCAGAUACGUUAUACCAGCCGUCUGCCAAUGUAGCGGAAGCUCUCUCACCUUGUCUACCACCAACGACUUCCAGUACUUCACGACUCCGGGGUACAACAAUGGUGCUGGUUCCUAUCAAAGUGACCUGUCGUGUUCCUGGAUCCUUGAUGGUGGGUCGUCAAGCUGGACUGUGUUCUUAUUCGUCGAAAACUAUGACGUUUCAUGUUCAGGGGAUUUCAUUGACAUAUACGAUGGUAACGCAACCUCGUCCACGGCGUUGGUCACGGCCUUGUGUGGGACGAGUCAGUCGGGGGUAUAUGCGUCAACCCAGCGUUACGUAAGAGUAGACUUUACGUCAGAUUCAUCCAAUCAAGGCGCAGGAUUCAGUCUGGCUUUUAUGAAAGCUGCUGACCUAUCCGGAAGUGGAUGUUCUGGUGAAGAGACUCUCGCCGCUUCAUCCACCCCUCAAUAUAUCACCUCCCCAAACUUUCCGGGGGAAUACACUGUUAAUUCCAACUGUCGUUGGGUAGUGACGGCUCCAAUAGGUACGGUUUCCUUGGAGAUUAUCUUCAGUGAUGUGGAAACGUCAACAAACUGUGCAUUUGAUUCAUUAGAACUUUAUUCUGGAACAUACGUUUGUGAGAAAACAAAGAUCUUGUCGGCAUGUACUCCACAUCCAAAUGGAGUGACAGCCUCUUAUACCAGCAACGGAACAAGUUUCCUCGUCAAAUUCGCAGCAGACGCCUCCCUCAGCUUCCGUGGCUUCGUCAUAAAGUACUCUGAAAUAGCUCCAGUAGUGACCACAUCGUCAUCUGCUGUCGUCUCAUCUAUUUCAUCUGAAGGUGAUUUUUACCUUGGUCUUUACAUUGGCCUCGGAUCAGGAGCAGGGGGCGCAUUACUUUUCGUCGGGAUGAUAACUCUAAUCCGUCAUUUUUGCAUGUCACAAAAGGGAGUUUCUCCAAAUGUGAAACACGUGGAACCUCUGUCGUUAAGAUCAACGCCGUCCACCCGAAAUAAUUCCAUUUGCGGUUCAUCAUCCUCUUCUGGAGAUAGUACAACCCGUCAGAAGAGCUUUUUGUGUUCCACUCCUAUCAGUCCGGGUUCAGGGUCACUUAUGUUGGACAUUCAGAGACGAAAGUCAAGUCACCAUAACAACGGAUUCGUUCACUGACGUCAUUCAUCCGAAAAUUGCGUUAUUUAAAACAAAACUGUAUGCAAUGACAAAAGUUAACAACGUUUUUUUGUCAGCAGAACAAUAUGCACACAUAAUGCCAUAGAGAAGGGAUAUCAUCGUUUGCUAUCAGCAUUCAUGAAGAAGUACAUUUUUAAGAUUAUUUUUGCAUUGAAAUCAUAAUCUAAUUCAUUAAUUGUGUGUAUAAAGGUACUAUCGUUCCUUAAAAUUCUGAUUUAUUGGGACUCACGUUAUGAACUUCUGCAUUACAGGAAAUUUUCGCCUGUAAAACUUUCCGCCUUCGCCCAAGAAAUCAAGUUUCGCCCAGUGUUAAUUUAGCCCUUUAUAUUACUUAAUUUCGCUGUAAUGAUAAAUUCGCCAUCAUUACGGAAGGCGAAAACGGGGAAAGUUAAACUACAAUGAAAAUGUCCUUGUAUACGGUAUAGCGUUCCAAAGAUAUUAACUUCGUUCAAAUUCUAAUCUAAUUGUAGAAUUAGUGACGUUGAUACAGGGGCCCAUGUCAUUUUAGCCCGGGUAAGGUGUUUAAAUGAUAUCUAGAGAAUAUGUUUUUAUAGGGACAGUUGCAAUAUUAUUGUUGACAUCAUCACUUUAACAUUUUACAAUAUCAUACUACGAUUUUUCAUCGAUCAUUUCAUGACAAGAUGAAGUGCUAUCUGGUAUUUAUCAUGGAAACAUAUGAAUCUUCAUAAAUUAUUCAUGUUUUUUCUGUCAAAGUGUUUGUUAUUGUUUAUCAUGUUGAGUUACACGUGCUACUCGUUUCCAUGGAUAUUAUUGUGAAGCUGUCAAAUAAAUGUCUA